UUAUUAAACUACAUUAAAUAAAAAGUGGUAAAAUCACUAAAAAAAAACUAAGCAUCUUUGCAUGGCUCUACCUCAGUAAUGAGUUUGCGUGAUUUAGAUUUUUCACUCACGCGGCGUCUAUUAGUUGUGGUUGUUGUUUUGUUAAUCAUACUGUUUAUAAAACAACUAUUUUCUCCGGAAGCAUCUUUCAACUACAAUUAAGGAUUAGUAUCAUCCCAACUCUAAGAAUAAUAGAAUGAGUAAACGACGUGUUUCCUAUUUUUACAAUCCGGAUGUGGGUAAUUUCCACUAUGGACCCGGACAUCCCAUGAAGCCACAUCGUUUGUCUGUGACCCAUAGUUUGGUCAUGAAUUAUGGCUUGCAUAGAAAAAUGAAAAUUUAUAGACCAUACAAAGCUAGUGCCCAGGAUAUGUUACGAUUCCAUAGUGAGGAAUACAUAGAGUUUUUGCAGCAAGUGACACCUCAAAACAUUCACUGUAAUUCUGUGGGUUAUACGAAAUAUCUAUCUCACUUUAGUGUGGGCGAGGAUUGUCCUGUAUUUGAUGGACUUUUUGAGUUCUGUUCCAUGUAUACCGGGGCCUCGUUGGAGGGAGCCCAGAAACUAAAUCACAAUCACAGUGAUAUUUGCAUAAACUGGUCGGGCGGUUUGCAUCACGCUAAAAAAUUCGAAGCUUCUGGAUUUUGCUAUGUCAAUGAUAUUGUUAUAGGCAUAUUGGAAUUGCUAAAGUACAAUCCUCGUGUCUUAUACAUAGAUAUUGAUGUUCAUCAUGGCGAUGGGGUGCAGGAGGCUUUCUAUCUCACCGACCGUGUUAUGACGGCGUCUUUUCACAAAUAUGGCAACUAUUUCUUUCCGGGCACUGGAGAUAUGUAUGAAAUUGGUGCUGAAUCGGGUCGUUAUUACAGUGUUAACGUGCCGCUAAAGGAGGGAAUUGACGAUCAAAGUUAUUUCCAAGUUUUCAAGCCUAUAAUAUCAGCAGUAAUGGAUUUUUAUCGUCCUACAGCAAUAGUGCUACAAUGUGGAGCAGAUUCCUUAGCUGGUGAUCGUCUAGGUUGCUUUUCGCUUAGUACACGGGGCCAUGGAGCUUGUGUAGAAUUCGUUAAAGGCUUCAAUGUGCCCACGUUGGUUGUGGGCGGAGGUGGUUAUACACUCCGUAACGUUGCCAGAUGUUGGACUCAUGAAACUUCUCUCUUAGUAGACGAACACAUUACCAAUGAAUUGCCGAUGACGGAAUAUUUAGAAUUCUUUGCUCCCGACUUCACUUUACACCCUGACGUUAAUUCUAGGCAGGAAAAUGCCAACUCGAAACAAUAUUUGGAAGCAAUAGUCAAACAUGUUUAUGAAAAUCUUAAAAUGUGUCAACAUUCUCCAAGUGUACAGAUGGUACAAGUUCCUCCCGAUGUUGUGGAUAUGGAAGAAUUGCGUAAUAUUAAAGAGGAAAAGGAAGAUCUGGACGUAAGAAAUUCACAAGCCGAAGAGGAUAAAAUAGUUGAACCGAAAAAUGAAUUCUAUGAUGGUGAACAAGAUCAGGAUAAAGGUGACAGUACAACAGAUAGUUAAGUUGCGAAGAUACUCGUAUAAAUGUGUGUGUAGAUGUUUAUUAUGAUAGACAGUUGAACUGUUUUUAUUUUAUGUUAUUUGUAAUGUAAUUGAUAAGAGUAAUUAAUAAUACAAUUAAAAAUUAAUAUAUAGUAGUAUAAAAACGUA